AUGCGGGCAAGCACAAACAAGAGGACGGGUAAAGACGGAGGAGGAAACAUUCAGUUUUCGGUCAUCACUAUCCUGCUUAUUGUUUUCUGUACGAUCACUUGCACCUUUCUUCGUGUGCACUACAACAUUAAAUUACAAAAGAUGGCUCUCUAUAACAGAAAUCUAUUAACCAUGGAACUUUUUCGCCGCGCCAUCAGUUCUUGCCUACAACAGUUAGGAAGUCAAAGAGAGGGAGAUCUAAUAAAUCACCUUUCAGUGGAUGUGCAACGUAUUGCAGACGCAGUGCAGUCAAUAAAUGAUCUCUGGGCGCUUCCACUUCAACUAGUCUUUGCGCUUUAUCUCUUGUAUGUUCAAGUCUCUUUUGCAUUUGUUGCAGGAGUGGUCGUGACGCUUGUACUCAUUCCUGUAAAUAUGCAGCUUGCUAAACGCAUUAAACAGGUGCAAACCAAUCUUAUGCAGGCGAACGAUGAACGUGUUUUGGCAAUCACAGAAAUUGUGAAUAACAUACUUUACGUUAAAAUGUGUGGCUGGUCCCGGAUGGCGGAACGAUGGGUGGGGAUUCCACGAUUGCGAUACAUGAAGUGUCUUCGUUGGCUCAAAUUUUUGGAUGCCUUUUGUGUCUUUUGCUGGGCCGUCACACCCACUUUUGUGUCACUUGUUACUUUUAUCACCUUUAUUUGGAUGGGUGGGGACCUAACGCCUGGUAAAGCUGUCAGCGCCCUGGCGCUUUUUGGUUCCCUUGUUCUUCCAUUAAACGCGUAUCCAUGGGUGAUCACCGGCUUUGUUGAGGCGUGUGUUUCGUGGCGGCGUUUACAACCGUUUCUUUCCAUGCCACAGGUUCAAAACUGUUUUUUCGAUGGGGGCAUUUGGGUGUUAUCUAAUGCUGGUAAUGGUACACCGUUAAGUGGUGUAAAGGAAAACAUCACGCAUGCAAACAGCAUGGACGAAAAUAUGGGGGGCCCGUAUAUGGAAGGGGGAAGGCACUCUUUCCUGCAUGCACCAAGUCACCUCUCGUUUGAGUUUGAUCGUAUGGAACAGCAUCGGUUAUCGAGUUCUCAGUUGCGACAAGAUGACGGCCAGGAUGCCUUGGUCAACGUUGAGAAAGGGAAGUUGCUAUUAGCUGCAGCUAACUGUAAUUGUGCGGUGGAACAGAUGUUUAAGUUAUAUAUCCCAAAGUUUCAAGCAUUGCGUGGUCAAAUAAUUGCUGUUGUGGGACGUUCUGGAACAGGUAAAAGCGCCUUUUUAAAUAGUCUUGCAGGAGAAUUUGACAUGACGCCAACUUCUUCACUUACCAUUGUACGGAGUUCAAUGUCGUUUGUAGAACAGACACCUUUCUUAAUGGCAGGGACAUUGCGUCAGAAUAUCCUUUUUGGCCUUGCAUUUGAUUCUGCGAGAUACAGGGCGGUGAUAAAGGCGGUGGCCCUUGAUGAGGAUCUCCAUCACAACUUUGCUCAAGAAGGGGACUCUACGUUUGUAGGGGACCGUGGUGGAAAGCUGAGUGGUGGCCAAAAAGUUCGUGUGGCAUUGGCUCGCGCCUUGUACGCGAAUAAAGACUUGUGCCUAGUGGAUGAUAUUCUGGGUUCUCUUGACACCACUGUAGCUCAUCACAUUGUGAAAGAGGUCUUUGUAGCUGCGGCAAGGAACGGGAAAUGUAUUAUUGUUGUGACGCAUAAUGAGGAGCUUAUACAGUGUGCGGAUGCUGUCUAUGCGUGUGCGGAUGGCUGUCUUGCCGUCACGGAACAAGCGAAGGAUACACUUAUUUCCUUGCUGACACGAAUACCACAGGAAAAGGACAAGGAACUACAACGAAAAGAGGAAGCGAAAAAGGAAGCGGAGAAUGAUGUUGAGGCAGAGGUGACACCCGCGUUGACGGCCUUGGAGGUGGGUAAACAUGGAGUUCUCGCGUGGAGUACUGUGAUGUGUUACUUUGGUUGCGUAGGGUGGAGACUAACACUGUUUAUUGUCAUUUCCGCUGCUGCCAUGCAAGUUGCUCGUAACGCGAGCGAUCAAUAUGUUGUGGUAUGGUCAAAAGAUGGCGAUGGUAAUACAGCUGCGUUUAUACAUAUGUUAAGCAUAAUUGUUUUACUUAAUAGUUUGCUGGCAAUUAUUCGUGGAUUUUCUUUUGCAUAUGGAGGUUUAAGAGCGGCACAGCGUCUUCAUAACAAGCUUCUGCAUCAUGUGAUGUCAGCCACAUUUCACUUUUUUUCGAAUACCCCGCCUGGGGAAAUUAUUAACCGAUUGUCCAAUGAUACCUACACAAUUGAUGAUUCCCUUCCAUUUAUUCUUAAUAUUCUUUUGGCGCAGACAUUUCUUUUUUUGGGUUCCAUAAUAAUAAUAAUGCUUAAUUCCACAGGAGUAAUCCUAUGGACACUUGCCCUUUUUUCACUGCUAUAUUACCGCAUCCAGCGCCCCUACCGCACGGUUUUACGAGAGCUACGACGUUUGGAAGCUGCAGCGCGCGCGCCUUUGCUUGACACAAUGCGUGACGUCUUGGUGGGUGGAGUUGUGAUUCGAUGUUUUGGAUCAGCUGCCGUCAACUUAUACAUGUGUCGUGUACAGGACCAAGCCAAGGCCUUGCUCCGCACAGAAUAUAAUGCACUGAUGUUAAAUGCGUGGUUUGGACUCCGUCUGGAGCUGGUGGGUAUUUUAUUGCUUAGUUUUAUUGGGGUGCUUGGGAUUUAUUACCACGGGAGCUCGCAUGCCCCAAUGCUGGGAUUGGCCUUUGCAUACGUGCAACCACUAACAUCAUACGUUAACGGUCUUCUUGGUGCGUUUACUGCUACAGAGAAGGAAUUUAUCAGCGUUGAAAGAGUUCGGCAGUACUUUUAUUUGGCACGCGAAGACGCCAAGGAUGGGAGUGUGCCGUUGCCUACUAUUGCAUUAUGGCCGUCUCUGGGCAAGGUUGACGUUGUAGGUGUCUCCAUGCAAUACGACGAGGCUGGCCCUCAGGUGCUGCGGUGCCUCACGUUUCAUGCGGAGGCAGGGGAAAAGGUGGCUAUUGUGGGACGAACCGGUGCCGGCAAGUCUUCUAUUUUUGCUGUUUUGCUUCGCCUUGUGAACUUGAGCGCGGGAUAUGUUGCCAUUGAUGAUUGCGACAUCUGUCAAUUGCCGCUGGAUCUCCUUCGGUCACGUCUGAGUGUGAUUCCACAGCAUCCAUUUAUUUUCCAUGGCACGCUUCGCAAAAAUGUAGAUCCACUAGGUUUGUACACAGACGGUGAAAUCCGCGCUGCUUUGGACUCUGUCAAGCUUGCCGAUCUUAGUCUGGAUUCCGAAAUGUUUGAUGGUGGCACUCUGUGUGGCGAGAAACAGUAUCAAAUUGCAAUUGCCCGCGUGCUUCUCAAACGGCCACGCCUUCUUUUAUUGGAUGAACCGACUUCUCAGUUAAACUCCGAGGCAGAGUCACUGCUGUGGCGUGUGCUGGAUACGCUGCUGAAAGACACGACUUUGCUUUGUAUCACGCAUAAGCUAUCACACGUUGAUUUUUUUGAUCGUGUGGUUGUCAUUGACAGAGGCCAAGUUGUGCAUAGUGGCCCACCUGCACUUCUUCGUCGUAAGGGUGUGUGGCCGUUUGCGUCAGACGCGGGUUCCCGCUGCUCUUUAAAUCAUGUAAAGGUACGAGACGUGUGGAGGGAACGAAGAAGAUCAGCUAGGUAG